ACUCUUUUCUUUUACAAAUUAAAUUCACACACAAUGGCUCGUCUUUAUGUUGGCCGCGUUUCCGCCGACGCUCGUGAGCGCGACGUUGAGCAUCUCUUUGGCAAGUACGGCCGCACUCGCGACGUGACCCUCAAGAACGGCUUUGGCUUUGUCGAGUUUGAUGACGUCCGCGAUGCUGACGAUGCCAUGCGCGACCUCCACGGCCGUGAUUUUAUGGGCGAUCGCCUGAUUGUCGAGCGUGCCAACAGCGGUGGCCGCCGUGACCGCGGUGAGCCUCGUGAGCGCCGCUUCGCUCCCCCGACCCGCACCCAGUACCGUGUUCUGGUUGAGAAUUUGUCGACCCGCAUCAGCUGGCAGGACCUCAAGGACUUUGUCCGCACCUGCGGUGUUGAAGUGACGUUUGCGGACGCUCACCGUGAACGCGAUGGCACUGGCGUCGUUGAGUUUGCCAACUCGACCGAUAUGCGCCACGCCAUCCGCCGCCUUGACGGCAAGGACCUCAAUGGCCGUGACAUUCGCCUGCGCGAGGAUCGUCCUCGUGACCGCAGCCGCAGCCGUAGCCGCUCUCCUCGCCGCGACCGUUCGUCAUCUCGCUCGCCCCGUCGUGACGAGCGCCGUCGCAGCCCGUCCCCUGCUCCUGCCGAUGGUGCUGGUGCUGGCUCCGCUGCCGACGACAAUGGCAACCGUGCUCGCUCACGCUCUCCGGCUCCUCGCUCGCCUGCUCCCCGUUCCCCGUCCCCCGCACGCGACUAAUCGUUUGGGUGUGUAUUCAGAAACGUGGUGCAAUAAUAAAACAAACCCGGCUUGUGGGUUGACGCUUGAAAUUUCAAGACUGUUUUUCGUUGGAA